AUGUAUAAUUUCGCUUCUUUUCAAGCAUCUGUUCAAAAUAAAUUACAAAAUGAGGACAAAAAAGAUAACCAACUUCAAAAAUCAAAGGUUCUUGUAAAAAAAUCAGUUGUUUGUUCUUCCAGCGAUAGUUGGAAAUUACUUGAUCAUGCCGUAUUAUUAACUUCUCAAGCGACUGUCUUAACCGCAAAUUUUCUCACUCACCAUCUAUCCGGUCCUCGUAAACCUUCUUGGCCAAUACAACUUACUUUAAUUUGUGCUGCCAUGAGAGCCUUAACCGAGCAUACACAUUUGGCUGAUGUUGAUAAAUUGAGAAUGUUCACUAGCAUCCCUUUUACCUUUACUUCAUCGGAUAUCAUUGUUACACCUGUAUCAUUUAGAGUAUUAAAUAGAGGAUUACCUGGAAUAUUAAAGGAUUUAGAAGAUUGUGAAACAGGAAAUCGAGAAAUUAGUGCUGAAUGGGUUGUACCUAAAGGAGUGUGGAGAAAAAUUAAUGAUGAAUAUCAUUUAUCAGCAGCUCAUCACAAGCAUAUAUAUAUCGAUCCAGAUGGUAUUAAAUGGUCAAAGGAAAAAGUAAUUUUAUAUUUACACGGUGGUGCUUAUUAUCUUAUGUCGGCUAAGACUCAUAGAGAUUUGAACUACCGUUUAUCGAAAGUAACUGGAAGGAGAGUUUUUGCAAUAAAUUAUCGAUUAGCACCAGAAAGUCCUUUUCCCUGUGGUCUUCAUGAUGCUGUUCAUGCUUUUCUCUAUUUAAUUGACCCCAAUGGUUUGGCUAUUCAACCACAUAACAUUGUUGUUGCGGGUGACAGUGCCGGCGCUUUGGCAUUACUUUAUUAUCUUCGUGACAAUCAAAUGUCAUUACCAGGUGGUGCGGUCUUAUUUUCUCCUUGGGUAGACUUGACAAUGUCAUGCGCAAGCUGGGAUCAAAAUCAACCUUACGACUAUUUAUUCAAACAAAAAGAUGAUGAUCCACUACACCCUGUAAAUCUUUAUUUAAAACCUGAGGAACGUUCAAAAUUGAUUAAACAUCCUUAUGUAUCUCCGUUAUUCGGUGAUUUAAAUAAUUUACCCCCGUUAUUAAUACAAUGUGGUGAUAGUGAAGUAUUAAGAGAUGAAAUUAAUGAAUUGGUUAAAAAAGCUUCCGAUACUAGUACUACAUUCGUACAACACGAAGUUUAUGAGGAUAUGGUCCACGUGUUUCAAAUGUUCAACUUUUUAGAACCGGCAAUAAAAGCAAUGGACUCGGUUGGUUAUUUUGUAAGAAAUGUAAUACCAAUUCACCAACGAAACACCUUAAUAUCACAUAAUAGAUAUUGCACAAAUGAGUGCACUACAGUUGGAACUCUUAAACACAGUAUAGCUCGAUUUCGGUGA